AUGGGAGAUUAUAUAUUAAAAAGAAUUAUAAUAGACGAUUAUGACAUAAGAAAUAAAAAAGCUUCCUCUUUAUUUAGUUUAAUGUUUGCAUUAUCAUCAAAUGGCUUUAUUAUAUUUAUUUUUGAAGUCUUUAAAAUUGGCGAAAAUGAAACAAGAUAUAUUUAUUGGAUGUUCACAUUAUUAAUAUUAUGCUAAUCAAGCAUAACAAUAAUACCUGCUAUAAUAAUAUUUAAAAUAGUAAAAAAAAUAUCAAAGAUAGUUUAUAUUAAAAUAUGUAAAAAUAAAAUAAGAAAUAAAUAAUUAAAUAAAUAAUUUUAUUUAAUAAUUCAAUUAAUAUUAUAUUUAUAGAUAUUAAUAAGAUUUUUUAUUUUAUAUAGUUUUUGGCUUAUUUCUACUUAAAUUGGUAUUUAUUUUAUUGCUAUUGUAUCAGGUAUAGGAUGUGUAAAUUGUCCUUAUAAUUAAUUUAAUAUACUUUAUUAAAAUAUAUAAGAUAUACAAUAAUCAAAAAUUUAAAAUGAGGAAAAUUUGAAAUAUAUUAUAAAUAAAAUAUAUUAAAAUAAAUAUAAUUUAUUAAUUCUUAAUAAAAAAAUGUUAACUUAACUUCCAGAAUAACAAAAAAAACAAGCAAUAAUUUUUUAUUUAAAAUAAACCUAUACUGAAAGUAAAAACGAAGUUUUAAUAGUAAUUAUAUUUUAUAUUAUUGUCUUAUUAUUUUUCACUAAAGAUUAUGUUGAAUUGUAAACUGAAAUAUAAAAAUUCUAAUAUUCUAAAUCUUUAAAAGGAAAAUUUUUUAGAUUUUUGAGUAUAAUUAUGGGAAUAUAUUGUAUAUAUAAAAUAUUUAUUAGCACAUACAAUUAUAUUGUAGGAAGAAAAAAGUCUAUUGACCCAAUUAAUAGAAUUCUUAAAGUGAUAUUACCUUUUAUUGGAAUUCAUAUAGUAGAUGAGCAUUAUGAUAUGGCUAUAUAUUAUUUAUCUUUUGGAUUUUUAGGCUUUUUAAUGGUAACAAAUAUAAGGACAUUUUGUUUAAACAUAAUAAGCAUUUUAAAUAUGUUAAUGAGUUAUUUAAAAUAAAAUAGUAUAGGAACAGAUUUAAUAGUUUAUUUUUUAGCUGAAUUAUAAAGCAUUUAUUUUAUUUCAACUUUAAUUUUAAUGUAAAGUAAUCUCGCAGAAGAAUUUUCAAUGAAUUUACAAAAAAUAACUCAAAAUCUUAAUAUUUAUAUUCAUUAUAAAGUCUUCGAUUUAAUAUUUCUUAUAAGUUCGAUAUCUUAAAUUAUAUUUUUAGUAAUUUAUUCUUUUAAUAAGAAUAAACAAAUGAAUAUUUUUAAAGAAGAUAUCAUUUACAAAACUGAUUGA